GAAUGUUUCCAGCACCUCUCUACAGGGAACAGCUCUCAUUGAUCUUAUCUGAUGUUUUAGAUGACCUCGGUGUCAAUGAACAAAUGGUGAUGAGAAGGAGAAAAUUAAUGAAAUUGUAUGAGACUAUGGGUACUAUCACAAUGAUGUCAACUGGUACAAAUAUGACUUUUUAUAUUUUAGGGAGUCAAAUUGAAGGUACAACUACUAAAGGACUUAAGCCAGACAUAGAUGUUUUAGCUUGCGUCAAUAAUUUCAAUGUUAUACAAGACUUGUCAGAAUGGGAACAUGGCAAGGAAAAUUACCUUAUGAUUCAGGAUGAGAACACCACGCCUGGAUAUUGUUUCCUGCAACUGAUUCAAUCUCAUAAACCUGUGCCAGUCACUGAAAUUCCUGAUGAUCACCAUAUAUCUGAAGAAAAAAGAAUAUUGCAUAAAAACGCAAUUAAAAGAUUUUUACCAAAUCUGCCUCCUAAUAUUGAGCAGAAUGGACCAUCCGUUGUUAAACAAGGACAACAUCAGGGAAUAAGUGAUAAAGACUAUGUGCAUGCUUAUCCCUGUAAAUCAUGGCCUCAAUCAGCAUCAGGUUGGUUAAAGAGACAAGGUACAGGAAGAUGGCCAACACAUCAGAUGAGAAAAUUGGCAGCAGAAACAAGGUGUUUUGUAGUUCCAACUGGAAGUAAAGUUUGUGUUUAUCCUGAACUAGAAUGGAGAAUAUCUACUUCCCUGGCAGAGAGAUUUCUUAUUUUUAAUUUUAAUAUAACACAAAUAAGGUGCUAUGUGUUACUGAAAAUGAUUCUUAAAUCAUCCCUGAAUCCCAAAGGGGAAAUAAAUAUAUCAAGUUUUAUGAUUAAAACAAUUUUAUUCCAUUGUAUAGAAAAUACAGAACUAAGUAUAUGGGUAGAUAACAAUUUAUUGACAUGUAUGAUAUUCUGCUUACAGGAAUUACAUAGUUGUGUACAGAAUGAACAAUGUUUCCAUUUUAUAAUAUCUGAAAAUAACUUGAUGGCAGGGCAAUUUACUUUAGAGACAAACCAUGAACUUUCACAAAAUAUAAGUGACUUUAUUCAGAAUGAUAGACAACUUUUGCUUCGAAUUGAUACUGAUGAUCUUGGAUAUAGACUUCAAGUUAAACUGAACAUGGUACCACCAAAAGUGCACGGAUCUCUUACUUCUCUUGAAAUUUCCGCUUUAUUAUACAUUAACUUUGCAUUCGAAGUAAGUGGAAAUGAUUUUGUUCUUUUACAAGAACUUCAAAAUGGAAACCUUGAAAAAAUGAAGCAAUCUGUAGCAGAGUUAGUUUCCCUAAUGACCUACAUUGAUAGUGGUGAGGAACGUAAACACACUGUAUUCAAGUUUCUGGCACCUUUGGCCUUCACCACAUAUGGGUCUGCAUUAGCAUCAUCCAGUUUUGGUGCAAAUAAUCAAGCAUUGCGUAAAGCAAUGGAUUGGCUAUCGGCUGGUUUAGACUCAGAUGUUUCAUCUGGCCGCCUGAAACUGGCAUCAGUGUUCUACAGUAUAGGAGAGAUGGAGAAAGCUGCAGAGAUUCUGAGACAAACCGAACAAAAAUAUCUCUCUCAUCAUGUUUUACCUAUCUGCAGCUGCGUAGCGAGGUCUCUACCAACAGUAUCUGAAGACAUUGUAAGGUAUUGUAAUGAACACAAGGAAGAUUGUAUCAAACGUAUUACAGCAUUUUGUGUCCGUUUCAUACGACUGGAGAUCAACUGCAUUCCGCGUGAACUACAAUAUGAAAUGUUCAGAUCUACACAAGAUGACAUGAUACACAGAGAUCCAGAUGACGUAUGGAUGGACUGGGCUACAGUUGAUUCUCUACCUUUUCUGUACUUCCUACAAUACAAGAUAUAUGGUCAUCUACAAAGACAACAAGAAAAACAUCAAGCACUCAAUAAUCUUAUAAGAACCACAUUUACCGACGGAAACCUUACACAUAGAGAAACAGCUCUCAAUAUUUUGGGGCAAUGUAUGGAACAAGAGAACAGACCAAAUGAUGCUUUACAUUACUACAUAUAUUCUCUGAAAGAAAGAACAAGAAACAAUGCUGCAAAAAUUCAUCUAUGCCGGCUUCUCUGCAAGUGUUACUCUAAUUUAUAAUUCGGAAAGUAAAUAUGAAAAGAAAGUAGAACAAAACGUCAAAACCCGGGCAUAUGUUUUGGACACUUUAUGUAUUGAUAAGUUUCAGUCAAACAAUAACCAUAAUCAAGAUAAUACAAUUUCAGUAUAAAAAUUCAACCCUAAGAUACACAAGAAGUGGAACCUGAAUAUCACAUGCCUUAGUCAAAAUGUUGCUAUUUUUAGAACGAAAUAAUGGACAUUUGCCAAAGAAUAUUGGAUCUUUACCAAAAUAUAUGUAUUACCUAAGGGUCAAUGUUUGAGAUUUGAAUGAAAUUUGUAAAGUUACUUUCUUUCAAUAUUUCUAAAACAGUUUUAAAAACUUAUUAUUUAAAACCUUAAACAUAGAGAGACAACUCUUAAUAUUUUAGGGCAAUGUAUGGAACAAGAAAACAGACCACAGGAUGCUUUAGAAUAUUACAUAUGUUCUCUGCAACAAAGGGCAAGAAACAAUGCAGCAAGCAUUCAUAUAUGCCUGCUUCUCUCCCGUUUACUACUUGCCAAAUAAAUGAGACACAAUACACAUAUGUGAUAAGAAUUGAAGUUUGAAGUAAUAACGUACUGCUUUUCCAUAUCAAACUGAUUCAAAUGUAAAAUCAUGUGCCUUUCAUCCUUCCUGUUACAUAAAAUCAAAUUGAAUGAUAUUGAUCAUCCAAGUGUAACAUGGUUUUAAGCUUCUACCUUAUAUUUUUUUGGAGUAAAGUGCUUCUUAAAAAAAUAAUAAAUCCUAAAUUUUGGUUUGCAAGAUGAAGGUUUUUUUUAUAUAUGAAUUUCAUUUCAUAGAUUACUUAUAAAACAUAGUAGACACUCAUAUAUAACGGUUAUCUUAUAAACAUUCAUGGGGCAGUCAUUCAUGUCUGCUUUCUAUCCAGUAAAUAAUUUGUUUACAAAAUUUAGUAUUUAUUUUAGUAUAGCCAAUUCAGACUAUAACUAUAUGUCACAUGCAAUAUCCAGAUUCAAGGUCAUACUUGACUUGAAAGGAUCUUUUUCAUAUAAUGAUAUUAAUGGACAUCCAUGUCUUUAAAGCUUAGAUAUCAUGCCAUGAGAAAGAUCCAAACCAGCGAAUUCUCAAAAAUCAAUGCCCGACACUUAGAGUGUAACAUUUGUGAAAAUAUAAAGUAAAAGUCGGUUAUAUGUUCAGUCUAUAACUUUCUCAUUAAUGGUUGGACUUUCAAGAGUUUGUUAGAAAAAUAAAAUGGUUUCUUAUAAAAAGACAAAAAUGAGUUCUGAUUUAUUACUGAAAUGGUUUCUGACUAGAAAAUGUGGAUUUAUGUCAUCAUAAAUGAUGACUUUCUAAAGAGGGUAUGUGUUUCGACUGAAAAUCA